AUGACUCAUUCUGAAGGAAGUUAUGACGGAGUUGACAAAAAGGUUGCACGUUUUGAUGAGUUUAGGGACCAAAGGCAUGUUCACGGAAAGAGGGUUCUUGUGGUCACUAACACCAAAGUUGCACCAUUGUACUUGGAUAAAGUUGUUGAGGCUUUGACAAGAGAUAACCCCAAUGUGUCAGUUGAGAGGGUGAUUUUACCGGAUGGUGAGAAGUGUAAGAACAUGGGCACUCUUAUGAAAGUGUUUGAUAAGGCUAUUGGGUCAAGAGUACUGGACCAGCGAUGUACAUUUGUUGCGCUCGGAGGCGGCGUGAUUGGUGACAUGUGUGGCUAUGCUGCUGUUUCUUACCUUCGAGGUGUUAACUUCAUUCAGAUUCUGACAAUUUUUAUGGCGCAGGUUGAUUCUUCUGUUGGCGGAAAAACUGCUAUAAACCACUCUCUUGGGAAGAACUUAAUCGGUGCUUUUUACCAACCUCAGUGUACGCUUAUUGACACAAACACAUUGAACACAUUACCAGAUCGGGAACUGGCAUCAGGGCUUGCGGAGGCCAUUAAGUGUGGGCUUGUUAGAGAUGCAGAUUUCUUUGAAUGGCAGGAGAGGAAUAUUCAGGCAAUAAUGGCAAGGGAUCCAGCGGCAUUGGCUUAUGCUAUAAAGCAGUCGUGUGAAAUCAAGGCUGACUUGUCCUUGGACGAGAGGGAAAGUGGACUGAGGGCUAUACUGAAUUUGGGUCAUACAUUUGGUCAUGUGAGUUUUUGUUUUGUACAAUUAGGCAAUAGAAACUGGCUCCAUGGAGAAGCUGUUGCGGCUCGGUAAGAGAUUUACGUUAUGGCUGCUGACAUGUCAUACCGCCUUGGCUGGAUUGAUGAUGCACUUGAGAAGCGAACUACCAACAUUUUUAAGCAGUCCAAGUUACCUAUUGCACCUGCUGAAUCUGUGACGAUCGAGAUGUUCAGAUCUGUAAUGGCGCUUGAUAAGAAGGUAGCUGAUGGGUUACUAAGGCUCGUCCUUCUGAAGGGUCCUUUGGGAAACUGUGUCUUCACCGAGGCCCUCGACGAAACACUCCAUGCAUUUUGUAAGUCCUGA